GUUAAAUACGUUGCGUCGAAAGGUUGUUUUGCGCGCGUGUGUACAAGUUUUAUUAGCGAUGUGUUUUAAGCUAACUGAAUGAUGGUUUUCAAAUUCACCGACGACGACGUAGAAAAUCAAAUAAUAAAAACAAUGUAAAAAGAUCUUAGAAGAUGAAACGAGGCUAAGUUUCGAAUUUUUAUUGUUAUGAACAAAGUAAAAAAAAAAUGGUUUUCGUAAAUUUAAAGUAGGUAAAAUGCUGAUUGUUUGAAAAAAAAUUAAAUUAAAUGGAAAGAAAGAAAAAAAACAAAGUAUCGUCGUGCUUUUGAGUCUGAGUCAAUUGGAUACAUCCAUUUUCGAAUUUGUUAGAAAUAUUAAUUGAAUGGAAAUUCAUAUUUCUUUUGUGAGACUUUUUGACAUUAUUCUAAUUAACGAACACUGGUGGAACUGGUGGCUAAUUGUGGGUUAAAAAAAUGUGUGAACUCAAAUUAUGAAUGUGGACAAACGUGUUGCGAAAAUGUAGAAUUUUCUUAAAACAAAUCGAUAAAGUGUUUAUGUACCUGGUGUAUACACUGUACAGAUUAUAUGAAUGAAUUGCUUGCAUGCAAUGUGAAACAUGUUUUUUUGCAAUAACAUCGCUGAUAUUGACCUUCAUAUUUGGAUUAAAUUACAACUGAAAUUGAAAAACUGUUAUUAAAGCGCAUCGUCAUUUUAUAUAUUUCUUUCUUUCUCGGUUCAUGAUUCCUCCGCAGACACUAUGUCAACGUACAUUGGACUAUCGCAGCAUAUCGAUUUCGCUCGACUCCCAACACCCGGCGAUCGGUUCGAAUUGCAAGAUCUGAUUGGCGAGGGAACGUACGGCGAAGUGUACAGUGCAAAAGACAAAACGACCGGAAAGAAAGUGGCCAUUAAAAUAUUAGAAACCAUAGCUGAUAAUCUCGAGGAAAUUGAAGAGGAGUACUUGGUGCUGCGCGACCUAUCCAUACAUCCAAAUCUACCGUCAUUUGUGGGAAUAUUUUUGCGGAAAGGCGCUUGUUUUGAAGAUGAUCAAUUGUGGUUUGUAAUGGAGCUGUGUACUGGUGGCUCAGUUACAGACUUAGUUCAAGGCUUACGCAGUCGUGGUGCUCAACUGAGUGAGAAGCAAAUCUCCUACAUAUUACGCGAGACGAUUCAAGCAUUAAUUUAUUUGCAUGAAAAUCACUGUAUGCACAGAGAUAUUAAAGGUCAUAACAUCUUAUUAACGGAACAAGGCCAUGUAAAAUUGGUCGAUUUCGGUGUGAGUUCUCAUCUGGCUGCAACAAUGGCACGAAGAAACACUAGCGUCGGUACACCGUAUUGGAUGAGUCCAGAGGUUAUAGCUUGUGAACAGCAAUUGGAUCAAUCAUACGAUUCGCGGUGCGAUGUCUGGUCCAUUGGCAUUACAGCUAUUGAAUUGGCUGAAGGUGAUCCACCGUUAAGUGACAUUCAUCCGAUGAGAGCACUAUUCCAGAUACCACGAAAUCCUCCGCCAAAUCUCUCACGACCGGACGCUUUUUCGCCGGAACUGUCGAAUUUUAUAGCUGAAUGUCUGGUCAAAGAUUUCGAGCAGCGACCCUUCUCAAAAGAUUUGUUAAAGCAUCCGUUCUUGACACUGGUCACCAGUCAGAUCGAACGAAUUCGCGCAGAAUUGAGCGUUGAAAUUCAACGGCAACGUAAGAACGGUAGGUGUUUCAGACAGGCCGAGGCAACGACCAAGCACGGUAAAUUGAAAUCGGAUCGAAAAUCGAAGCCGCAACGAAUGUACAUGGACGAUCUGGCGUCACUCGAAAUACUCACGGAAGAAGCGAUUGGGGAACAGCUUCAGAAACGAUACGAAUCCAAUCAAAUUUACACGUACAUCGGUGACAUCCUUGUGGCCGUUAAUCCAUUCAUCGAUUUGGGACUGUAUAAUGGCCAGCACCAGCUGCGUUAUGCCGGCAAAUCGAGAUCGGAAAAUCCACCACACAUUUUUGCAGUUGCGGAUGCUGCACACCAAGCUCUCGUGCACCAGAAACAGAACCAGGCGAUCGUAAUAUCCGGAGAGAGUGGCAGCGGAAAGACUGAAAGCGCUAAUCUGCUCCUCAAACAGUUAGUUUACCUUGGCAAGGCGCUGAAUCAAAGCUUAGAAAAUCGAAUUCUCCAAGUGAAUCCGAUAAUGGAAGCAUUCGGCAAUGCACGAACCGGCAUCAAUUCGAAUAGUUCGAGAUUCGGCAAAUAUCUGGAUCUUACGAUGACUAAAUCAGGAAAAGUGACGGGUGCGCGAAUUUCCGUUUAUCUUUUGGAACAAAGCCGUGUCGUACAGCAAGCCGAGAGUGAAGGUAAUUUUCAUAUCUUUUAUUACCUCUACGAUGGCCUGGACGUCGAAGGUAGACUGGGACAGUUUCAUCUGGAUCCGGCCUACCGAGUAAAUCACCGAUAUUUAUCGAAUGCAACCGAUUCGAAUUCGGAAUCGAAUUACGAGAAGUGGAAGCAGCUGAAGACGAGUUUUAGAGUGUUGGGAUUUAAGGAAGAGGAGAUCAAUACGGUUAUUCGAGUAUUGGCCGCCAUACUCAACCUGGGUGACCUUGAAUUCGGCGAAGUAAUUUCGAACGAUAACACUGAUAACAAAGCAAGAGUCGUCGAUGUUGCACCGUUACAUCGAGUCGCUCGUUUAUUGGGAGUCGAAGCUAUGGAACUUUUGGAAGCUUUAACUUCGAAUUCGGUUGUGACCAGAGGAGAAACGAUAACGAGAAAUAAUACGAAAACUGAAGCUAUAGCAGCCCGUGAUGCGAUGGCAAAAGGAUUGUAUGGUCGUUUAUUCGAUUGGAUGGUCAACCAGAUCAAUUUGUUGCUGGUUUUUAAUCGGCCUAACAACAACGAGCAACUGUCGGUCGGACUUUUGGACAUAUUUGGAUUUGAGAAUUUUCCUCGCAAUUCGUUCGAACAAAUUUGCAUUAACAUUGCGAACGAACAGAUUCAAUACUAUUUCAAUCAGCACAUCUUUACGUGGGAACAACAGGAGUACUUAACGGAAGGUAUUCCUGUGGAUUUGGUUGAAUUUGCGGAUAAUCGACCGGUUUUGGAUAUGUUACUAAGCAGACCAUUGGGUCUAUUGGCAUUGUUGGACGAAGAAAGUCGGUUUCCCCGUGCAACGGAUAAGUCUUUUAUUGAAAAAUGCCACAACAACAUCAAGUCAAAGUAUUACAUUCGACCGAAAUCGGAUGCCAUUUGCUUUGCAAUUCAUCAUUUUGCCGGUCGUGUGGUCUAUCACGCAGAUGGUUUCUUAGAAAAAAAUCGAAAUUUUCUACCAUCUGAAGUGAUCCAGCUGGUGCGUCAGAGUCAGUUCGAUAUGAUACGGUUCAUGUUUCAAUGUCCGAUCACAAAAACCGGUAAUUUGUAUUCAGCGCUACCGGAUACAGCCGGAUCACGACAAAACUUGCUGAAAGUUGAUACCAAGGAGCGGUAUAACUCCAGAGGAUUGGCUUCACAAUCACGAGCUCAACAGACUGUUGCCACCUACUUCAGAUAUUCGUUGAUGGAUCUACUGCAGAAAAUGGUAGCCGGAUCACCUCAGUUUGUUAGGUGCAUUAAACCGAACGACACCAAAGCAUCGAAGACAUUCGAAUCGAGUAAAGUCAUCAAACAGCUACGGUACACCGGCGUUUUGGAAACCAUUCGCAUACGGCAGCAUGGCUUCAGCCAUCGAUACAUUUUUGCCGAUUUCCUGCAACGAUACUGUUUCUUGGCAUUCGGAUUCGACGAGAAGAUACAGGUUACGCGAGAAAAUUGUCGCAUGCUAUUGUGUCGCUUGAAAAUGGACGGUUGGGCAUUGGGCAAGACGAAAGUGUUCCUCAAAUACUAUCACGUGGAAUUCCUGGGAAAAUUGUUUGAAGACCAGGUACGGAAAAUUACGUUGGUACAGGCUUGCGUUCGACGUUGGCUGGCUAAAUUACAAUACAAACGAAAUAAAUUUGAAGCGGCUCGAAGUGCAGUCACGUUACAGCGACACAUUAGAGGAUGGUUGACCAGACGAAAGGUGCACGCACUACGAGAGCAGGCGAAAAUUCAAAAGGCACUGAUCGAACAGGCACGAAUGAAGAGAGAACAAGAGGAACGAAUAAGAAUGGAAAAAUUAGCUGCUGAAAAGGUGAAAAAAGCUAUCUCGAAGGCUAAACUGCCAAAGAAGACCACUUCCCAUGAGGAGCCAAAGUUCGAAGAUAAAGUUAACGUUUGGAGGAACAAGGAAAAUGUAAAUGUCGAAAAGGCGGCGUCGAUUAUUCAAAACCAUUUCCGAGCCUACACCAUACGUAAGAAUCGUUGGAGCCCCGAAUUAGAAUCGAUGGCCAAGUCCAUCGUCAACAAGUCCAAAUCCCGCACGGAAGCCCAACGAAUGCUCCAAAAGGAAGGCUUCAAAUCCGACGAAAUUGAACGAAUCAUAGCCAGAUUCAUGAAAGCACCGCGUCGACGAAAUUCCACAUCGAAAGAUGCGUCCAAUUCGCCGAGAAAAGCUCCACUCACACCGCGGGAUCAACAUGUCGAUAUGAUUGGAUUCUCACAGAAAGUGCACAUGUUGAAUCAAGAUGUUCACAAGAAUUUGCGUCGCAACAAGGGUGGCAUUCGUUUAGAUGACAUCGAAAAACUAUCGGAACAUUACAGGAGACCGCCAGGAUUCACUCUGAUACCGAAUUUGGUGGGAGUCGGUAAAAACAGCUCAAAGCAGCAAGCACAGCGAAAGAGCUCCUAUUUCGAUCACGUUCAAGAAGAGAUGAUGAGCCAAUCGUCCGAUAGUGAUGUCGAAUUCUGGGACACUCCAUUCUAUCAGAAGGAACAGAAUAUGAAAGAGCAACAAAGACGGCAUAGUUCUACAAACGAAGUAUCUGCCAGUCGAGACGAUCUGAUACGAAGUGCGGCCUUUUCCAAUAAUUUUUUGUCGCCAGUGUGGCGUGAAGCAUUACCGAAAUCGAACGAAAAGGUCAAAGACGUUGCGCAACGUAAAUUAGAAAGCGAAAUCACGGAAAGAAAAAGAGCAAAUAGUAGCGGUUCCAGCAAAAUACCAGUGUUCAGCUACCUAAACCCUACUAAUCCUCAACUCAAUUCUACGUCGAACGAUUCGCAUAAAGUGAGUAAGCCCAAUACCGACGACACGAAACCACAACGCAAAUUCGCUGGCGAACCGGUACCGAUUCCGAAAACUGUAGCAAAUAAACAGAAACCAACCGAAUCGAGCAGUAAAUUCUUCGGUUUUCUGCACAAAAAUCGGGAUGCCGUUGGCAAGGACAAAAAGAUCAAAAAGAAAGAGAAAUCGAAAAAGACAAAAGCCGACGAAGGCAAAGUGGUUAAAUAUCCCGCCCCAUUUGUACCAUCAAAACGAAUCAUCGAAAAUCGAGAAUAUCAAAACCAAAACAUUAUCAACGAAAAUCGGCUGAAUCGUCGGAGUGACGAUAGCAGUGAACACUCGGAAAUAUCCAUACCCGUCUUCCGUAAAUUCGGCGACACAAAUAUGUUGAAAAACAAGAAGCAGAUCAAUAACUCGAGGAACAUCCGACAGAAGGAAGAAAAUGAAUUGAGAAAUCGGAAAAUCAAUCCGACCGCAUACGACAAUCAAAAUGAUACGGGCUUCUCCAGUCUGGACGCGGAUUGUCAUGUACCGUUGCAGAGUACACCUAAAUGUUACAACAGUGGCGACAAACUACAAAAGCGGAUAUCCGACAGUUCGUCUAAUUUAAGUUCCAGCACAGUUAGUGACUCCAAUUCAUUGGACUCCAUGGAACAUGAAAUCAUUCACCGAAAACCAAAUAACGCGGAAAAUUUGUCGUAUUUGGGACCGUUCAAUUUCCGACAAUUGCUAAGACCUACCCAAGGACCCACAGAAUCCUUACGAAAACGACGGGGCAUAAAUUUAUCGUCGACACCUCCGCCUCUUCAAAAAGGUAAAGUGAAAACGUGAAGCGAAAACUGUUCGUUAAACUAAGAGUUAGUUUUCUAUGGACAAAACGUUCGUGUUGUACAUUUGUUACCAAAAAAGAAAAUAAUUUUUUUUAGACUUUUAGCGUAGGAUGACCUAAUUUAUUUUGAAUUGUUUUGUUGUACUACCAGUACCACCACUUGUUUUAGCGGAAAAUGUACUUUUCUUCCAAGGAGAAAACUAUGAUUUUUUUGCAAGAAAAUGUUUAGCAACAAUAAAAGUGUCAAAAGAU